AUGGCACCAGGACACCCCAAGCCGCCGUCCCGCGCACCGCUCGUUAUUGCCGCCUUCGGAGGCGCUGCAGCUAUCUUCGUCGGCCUGAAAUGGCGAGCCGUGUUCGCCCGCAGCGAGGCGGCUAAGGAGCGCAGCGGGGCGGGGGGAGGGAAUGUGUAUACAGUCCACACGGGACGUAGUGGUGGAGGGAUCUAA